AUGGACGGUUUUUUAUAGGAUGAUUUUGUAGGUACAAUUAGAAAAGGAAUGACUAUGGAAUAAAUUGACAACAUGGUUUCGAGAUAGUUAAGAAUGAUGCAAGAAGAUUAUGAAUAAUGUUAAAAAUAUGAAGAUCCAAAUUAUCAAGGUGUAGAACUGAAACUACAAGGAAAAUUUGAAAAGAACGAACUGGAAGAUGGAACUCAAUUUAAAGACGAUAAGGAAACAAUAAAUUAAAGCAAAUAAAAUGAGAACCUAAAAGAAAAUAUUGAAGAUAAUAAAAAUGAAGAAAAUAUAAAAAAGGAAGAAAAUGCUAAAUAAGUCAAAAACGAGGAUAAUUAAAAUGAAGAUGAAGAAGAAGAGGAUGAUGAUAAUAGAUGUGUAGAAGAUUAUUACUAACCUCUUGAUAAUGAUGCAGAUUAAAAUGAAGAAGAUGAAGAAGAAGAAGACUGGUCUGAAUUCUAAAAGGAAGAAGAUUUCAAAGAUUUACCUCCUGAAAGAGAUCCGAGAAAAAAGGAAAUUGAUGUUGAAAAAAUAAAAUAAAUUAUGAAUAGUUUUACACUAAAGCCUCCUUCUUGGGCAUAAGAUAAAAAUAUAUGGGAACAAAAGGUCAAAUGUUUAAUAAACGACAUUUCAUAAUGA